UAAAACCCUACAAAGAGGAAGGUUUGGUAAAGGGGAAAAACUGAAAACGAAAACCCUAAAAAAGUCCUAACAAACUAAGCUCUGUGUUUUAAGGAAGAAAAAGAAGAAAAUAAUGGAGGAGGAAACUUUGAUGGAUGUAGGAGUUGGAAUUAACAAAGAAACAGAGGUUGCUCCAGCUCUAAUCUCAGUUCAUCCACUUGAGAAAUCUGUUGCUGUAGCUAUUGGUUCUCAACUUCGCGUCUAUGAUUUACAAGGAGACUGUUGUAUUAAUUUAGUGGACGAUUCUGGUGGAAACCAACAUACUGGUUCAAUAAGGGCAAUCUGUUAUGGUGCAAAAGGAAGUCUUUUUGCAUCUGCUGGUGAUGAUAAGCUUGUUAAGAUUUGGAGUACUGAUUCUUGGCAUUGCAUCCGUACUGUGUGUUCGGAGAAGCGAGUGACUGCGGUGGCGAUAAGCCAUGAUGGUUUCUUUGUUACUUUUGCCGAUAAGUUCGGAGUUGUUUGGGUGGUCGGGUUAGAUGGUAUUUGCAAUGAAACUAAUAACAAGCCUGCAUCUUUAUUUGGGCACUACUGCAGUAUCAUUACUAGCCUGGAAUUCUCUCCUGAUGGAAGGUUCAUCAUUAGUGCUGACCGUGACUUCAAAAUUCGUGUCACUGUUUUCCCUGAGAAGCCUUUAAGUGGAGCGCAUGAGAUACAGAGCUUUUGCCUUGGUCAUACAGAAUUUGUUUCCUGUGUUGCUGUUGUUCCGUCUCCAGAAUUCCCAGAAGGAUUUCUUCUCUCUGGAAGCGGUGAUUGUACUGUUCGUUUGUGGGAUAUCACUUCUGGAGCCCUUCUUGAUACAUGUGAUGUAUCAGCACAGGCAGGGGUUCGAGAACCUAGUGAAAAAGAAGAUGCAUUCUCUUCUGCUGUUACUGACAUAUGUGCCUAUCCAAAUGGUUCAAUAGUUGCAGUGGCCGUUCAAGGCUUGCAAGGAGUUUUGCUUCUGAGCUGCGAUCUUUUUGCGAAAACUCUUUCUGUUAUCAAGGUUGUUUCUGUGGGGGAGACUUUCAUCCCGACAAGCUUGGGUUUAAACUCUUCAGCAGAGCACUUGUGGGUGAUUACAGGUGCCUCUAAUUUACCUGCAUUAGAUGACCCAUCUUUUGCACGUGUAAGAGUAGUCUCCGGUAUCCAUAAAGAGAGUAAAGGUUCCACUUGGAAUGACCCAAUUGUGUUGGAAGACAGCAAAAUAUCUGGAGGAGAGAAACUCCUUGAGAAGUUGCAAGGUAGUGUGUCCAUAGCAAAAAAGGAACAGACAUUGGCAGCAGCCGCUGAAGCAGUAAAGAUGGCAAUGCGUAACUUAUUAAUUAAAAGAGAAUAUUCAUCAGAGAAACGAGAGCUGAGAAAGAAAAGCAGAAAUGAUAAAAAGCUGAAACAAUGGUAAGAUUGUUCUACGUUUGAUUUGAGCUUCUCUUUUGUGUUUUUUUCUUCCUUUUUGCAACUUAGUUUUGAAGGGAGAGAGUAAUUGUGAUUUGUUUUUGAGUAGUGUACCACCAUGUAACUUUAUCGGUUAGAAGAUUAUGUCGAGAGUCAAUUUCGAGUUGGUUUUAAGGAUGAAUAACUUAAGAAUUGCCUAUUCAAUCUUUGUUUGUAGUUCUACCAAUUGGGAACUACAAAAUUAGAGCUCGAGUAAUCGAGUUACAGGCUUUUUUGUGAAUUCAAACAAGCUAGUCGGUUCCCAUUUGAUGAACUAGGAACCCUUGAUUUACAGGA